GACCAAAGAUGAAGGCAGCUCUGCCUCUGCUACUAUGUUUGGUAGCUUUGCUUGUUGCGCCUCAGAUUCUCUCGGGGUUUCCCUUGCCUUCCACUUCCACAGUGCCAGCUUUCCUCUGGUCACCCCAUUACGAUCAAGUGAAGGCAGCCAUAAAUUACCAGACUAUCUCUCCAAUGGAUUUAGCUAAGUCUGUUCUUUCAGAAGGUGGCUGGUCGAACAUACUGUGCUCUGGAAACAAAUUUCAUCAGCCUUUGGAGCUGGCUCUUGUCUUCGUUGGUAGAGAGUUACAAUCUUCAGAUAUUCCUGCAAACAAACAUGCAGAUCCAGCUCUUGUGGACUUGCUCAAAGGUUCUUUCACAGGAUCCAAUUUCUCAAUGGCCUUCCCAUAUGUUGCUGUACCAGAGGAGGAUGCCAUGGAAAAUUCUUUGGUGUCAGGGAUUUCGGAGACUUGUGGGCAGGAUUUUGGAUUCAGUAACGUUGCUUUCUUGGAGUCGUGCUCUAUUGAGGGUGAAAAUUUUCAAAAGCUUGCAAACCUGCAAUCGUUCCAUGAUUAUCUUGGUUCAAGGACGGAGAAGAGAUCCAAUGGAGAAGUAGAUUUGGUUGUGUUCUGCCAUAAAGGAUCUGGUUCUUCCAAAGAACUUGACCAAACACUUUCGGAGGGUAAAAUUUUUUCCGAGCUUAUUAGUUCCAUGGAUCAGUCUGGGGCAAAAUAUGGAGUUCUAUAUGUUUCAGAUCCCAGUAAGUCAAUCCAAUAUCCUUCUUAUCGAGAAUUGCAAAGGUUUCUUGCUGAAAGUGCUUCAGGAAAUGCAUCAUCACUCCUUGAAAAUUUCAGCAACUUAUCACUUUCAGUUUCUUCCUCAGAGAACUGGUGA